AUGUUGAGAAAGAGUUUGGCCAUUGGUUUCGUAUUCGCGGCCCUUGUGAUAGGCUUUGGCGAGGCCAGGCGGGUCCGUGAUAGUGGUUUUGUGGGGACGAGAGGAAGCCAAUUCGUUUUGAACGGAAGGCCGCUGUAUUUCAACGGCUUCAAUGCAUAUUGGCUAAUGUAUAUGGGCUCGGACAACUCGACUCGGGACAAGGUGACGGAUACUUUUGAAGAGGCUUCCAAGUACGGGAUGAAUGUGGCGAGGACGUGGGCUUUCAGUGACGGUGGCUACAGAGCCUUGCAGACAUCUCCCGGUUUGUAUAAUGAAGAUAUGUUCAAGGGUCUUGAUUUUGUGGUGUCUGAGGCUAAAAGGCAUGGGAUCUAUUUGAUACUUACCUUGGUGAACAAUUGGGAAGGUUUUGGAGGGAAAAGGCAAUAUGUUCAAUGGGCGAGGGAUCAAGGCCAGUACAUGAAUAACGACGACGACUUUUUCACCAGUCCGAUUACCAAAGGCUACUACAAAAAUCAUGUCAAGGCCGUGUUGACGAGAGUAAACUCAAUAACCGGGGUUGCUUAUAAAGACGAGCCGACCAUUCUCGGAUGGGAGCUGAUGAACGAACCCCGUUGUCAAUCUGACCUCUCUGGAAAAGCUAUUCAGGAUUGGGUGGCCGAAAUGUCGGCUCACGUGAAAUCAAUCGACACGAACCAUCUCGUCGAAAUAGGAAUGGAAGGAUUCUAUGGAGAGUCUGUGCCGGAGAAGAAACAGAACAAUCCCGGUUAUGAAGUUGGCACCGAUUUCAUUUCCAAUAACCUCGUCCCUCAAGUCGACUUCGCAACGAUUCAUAUAUACCCGGACCAAUGGUUUGUGGCCCCAGGAUCGAGCGAGGAGGGCCAAGCUGAAUUUGUGGAGAAAUGGAUAGAAGAACACGUAGAGGACACGAAAAAUAUCGUGAGGAAGCCACUGCUGGUGACAGAGUUCGGCAAGUCAUCGAGAUCAUCGGGCUACAACGUGCAAGCAAGGGACGACUAUCUGGGCAACGUGUACGGGAGCGUGUACAGAUGUGCGCGGAGCGGGGGCCCGUGUGGGGGCGCGCUGUUUUGGCAAGUGAUGGCUGAGGGAAUGGAGAAUUGGAGCGAUGGUUAUGAUGUCGUGUUGGAACACAGCCCGUCUACUGCUGCUGUUAUCUCUCAGCAGUCUCGUCAAAUUGCUUCCCUUAAUAAUUAA